AUGAGUUCGCGGCGACUGUUUGCCCUCGGGUUUUUCGUCGCUGGGCUCGUCGCGUUUUCUCGAGGUGAUACACCCUCGAGAGGGGCCUUGACGCGGUUGGAUAAUCGAGGCAAAUCUGCUGAGGCGCGCUCCGAGCGUACACGAAACGAGCAGGUUUCGAGUGACGUAAAAGUUUCGACAGUCGUGAAAAGUCCGAUAGACGAGGAUGAAGAUGAUCAUUACGAUGGAGAGCUGAAUCUACCGCUGCUGGAAUUGAACAGGAAGAAAAGAAAAGCGGAUUUGGACGUGAGGAGUGAUGGUUAUGGACGCGAAACGAGUCCUCGCUAUACACGAAAGGGUGGCAGCCAUGGGGCUAGUAAGGGCGGAAAGAGUGGUGGUCAUAAGAAAGCCAGAAAGGGUGGUCGUCGUAAGAAAACCAGAAAGGGUGGUGGUCAUAAAAUAGACGGGAAGGGUGGUCAUCGUAAGGGCGAAAAGGGCGGUGGUCGUAAGAUAGGCGGGAAGGGUGGUCAUCGUAAAGGCGAAAAGGGCGGUGGUCGUAAGACAGGCGGGAAAGGUGGUCAUCGCAAGGACGAAAAGGGUGGGAGUCGUAAGGGCGGAAAGGGUGGAAGUCAUAAGGCGGUAAGUCCGAAGGACAGUGAAAAUACGAUUUACUUCAGUGGCAAAGGGGGUGGUCACAAGGGCGAGAAGGGUGGCAGAGAAAGUACCAUUUACUUCAGUGGCAAAGGGGGUGGUCACAAGGGCGAGAAGGGUGGCAGAGAAAGUACCAUUUACUUCAGUGGUAAAGGGGACACAGUCGCGAGGGCGAAAAGGAUGGUAGCCACGAGGGCAGUGAAAGUACCAUUUACUUCAGUAGGUAAGGUUGCACGGUAG